AUGAAGUUCACCCAGACCAUGACGCUGCUCAGCAGCAGCGCGAUCCUGGCCUUCGCCGCCCCAUGCCCAGAGGCUGAGGCUGCGCCGGCCGCUGCUGCCGCCGCUUCUAGCUGCGCUCUUCCAUCCACCUACAAGUGGUCCGACCAGGGUGCCCUCACCUCCCCCAAGAACGGCUGGGCAGCUCUCAAGGACUUCUCCAGCACCAUCUACAACGGUCAGCACUUGGUCUACUCCUCCUAUCACGACAGCAAGAACUACGGUGGUGCCGGUUUCGGCCUUUUCAGCGCGUGGAGCGGCAUGUCCGCCGCUGCUCAGACCGCCGAGUCCUUCGCCGGUGUGGCGCCGACUAUCUUCUACUUCGCUCCCAAGAGCACCUGGAUCCUGGCUCACCAGUGGGGUCCUACCGCCUUCUCUUACCGCACAUCCAAGACCCCCAACGUCGUGAGCAGCUGGUCCUCUCCUCAGCCCUUGUUCAGCGGCAGCAUCUCGGGCUCCGGCACUGGUCCUAUCGACCAGACUGUCAUUGGUGACAGCUCGAACAUGUACCUCUUCUUCGCCGGCGACAACGGCAGCUUCGGCUCCGCCAGCACCGUGGUCAUCUCCGGCACGACCCAGAACACCUUCGAGGCCGUCCAAGUCUACACCGUCUCCGGCCAGAACAAGUACUUGAUGAUCGUCGAGGCUCAGGGCAACAACGGCCGCUACUUCCGCUCGUUCACCUCCUCCAGCCUGUCUGGUACAUGGACCGUGCAAGCUGGCUCCGAGUCCGCUCCUUUCGCCGGCAAGGCCAAUAGCGGUGCUACCUGGACCAACGAUAUCUCGCACGGUGACUUGGUCCGCACCAACCCAGACCAGACCAUGACUAUCGACCCCUGCAACUUGCAGUUCUUGUACCAGGGCCGCAACCCCUCCAGCACUGCUUCCUACGACCUUCUGCCAUACCGCCCUGGUGUGCUUACCCUCAAGGCUUAG